GCGGCCGAAGAUGGCGACAGACUGAGGGCAAUGGGGCCCGGCGGCGGGCGCGGCGGGGCCCGCGAGCUGGCGCAGCCCACGGGCAAGCGGAAAGCCGAGUGAGCGGGACCGGGGCAUGCCCCCGAGAGGCGGGCGGAGAACCGGGGCCGGGGCGGGGAGCGGGGCCGAGGUAACGCGGCGGCGGCGGCGGUGGCCGGCGGCCUGUAGGCGGGGGCGCGGGCAUGGCGGCGGCGGCGGCGCGGCGCGGCGGGCGCAGGUGACAGCGGCGGCAGCGCGGCGCGUCCCGCCACCGCCGCCGCCGCCGCCGCUCCCCCCCCUCCGCGCCGCCCCCGCAGCAUGAUCCGCGGCGCCUGGAUGUACCCCCGCGGGGGAGCCGCCGGCGGGGCGGUGUGCUGCGCGCCGCGCCGCAGCGACAAGCCGGUAGCCGACCCCGAACGGGCGCAGAAAUGGCGCCUCUCGUUGGCCUCGCUCCUCUUCUUCACCGUCCUCCUCUCCGACCAUCUGUGGCUCUGCGCCGGGGCCAAGCUGCGGGCGCGGGAGCGGAGCGGAGGAGGCGCCGGGCGGCCGCGGAGCCGCGGGCCGCGGGCCUUGCUGGCGGCCGAGCCGGCGGGCGGUAGCUGCGAGGCCUUGCUCGGUAACCUCAGCCGGGCCCCAGGUCCCACCGGCCCCUGCCCCGCCGCCCGCGGCGACUUGGACUCGGCCUGCGCCCGGCUUCACGCCCUGCAGAGGCCGCGGGGCUCGCUGGCCGGCGCGCCCCUCCGCUCGCCCCCCGCCGCCGCCCCCUUCUUCGCCUCUCCCUCCUCCAAGAGGACUUUCCUGCAGGCUUAUUUUAGGAACUUCAACCUCUCCUUUUGUGAUACUUACACGAUCUGGGACCUGCUGCGGGAAAUGGCCGGCCCGGACGGUCUGGACUGCAGCGUGGACAACCUGAUGGUGGACUUGAUGGUGGCGGCGGCCGGAGCGCUGGGCGGGGAGGCCUGUAGCAGCUGCGUCCAGGCGUACCAGCGGCUGGACCAACACGCUCAGGAAAAAUACGAGGAGUUCGACCUCUUGCUGGAGAAGUACUUGCAAUCGGAAGAGUACUCGGUCAGAUCCUGCCUGACGGACUGCAAGGCUGUCUACAAGGCUUGGCUGUGCUCCGAGUAUUUCAACGUGACCCAACAGCAGUGCCGACACCGGAUCCCAUGCAAGCAAUACUGCCUGGAGGUGCAGACCAGGUGCCCGUUUGUGUUACCAGACAAUGAUGAGCUGAUCUAUGGAGGUUUGCCUGGCUUCAUCUGUACGGGGCUGCUGGAGAGCCAGCUGCCAGAGGAGGAGGCCAAGUGCUGCGAGGUGCAAUGGGACUCCUGCGACCACCCCCCAGACAGCAACGACAACACAUCCCCCAAAUCCACAGCCUCAGAGUCACUCCAUUUCCACCGCCACGACCCCCACCUCCAUCACCAGCGGCAGAACCACUACCACCUCUACCACCACCACCACCACCACCAGUACCACCAGCCCCGCUCCCCGUCCUUGCUGCCGGUCUCCGCGGGGUCUCGCCUCGGCGGCAGCAGGAUCAGGCUCUGCGUGCUGGUCCUGAUGCUUCUCCACACCAUGGUGUCCUUCUCGGGCGUGCACGGCGGCGGCGGGGGCGGCGGGGCGGCCGGCGGAGGGCUCAGCCUGGAGGCCCUGCCCGCCCUGGAGGAGAGCGUGGCGCGGGACGAGUGAGGCGGGGGGGAAGCCGACCUCCAAGACGAAGGCCAGAUCCUUUUCCACGAAGGGGGGCACUUGCUAUUCCUCCAAUGGGAGGCACGGGAGCGGGGGUGCCGCGCACACACCCCCGCGCCCCCCCAAGAGCUGCUCGCCGCGGGGCAUCCCCGUGAUGAAGAGUCUCUAACGCGCACAGGGCUGCGGCGCUCGGCUCCGAGAAGGGUUCGGUCAGCAGCGGCCCGGCC